AUGUCCGAAGAUAUACUGCAACGCAGACGACAAGAACUGUCAUCAGAUGAUUUAGAGUACGACCAAAAUAUUUUUGAUGAAGCUUUAAAUGAAUUAAAUAAAGAGGUCGAAUCUCUAUCAGGUAAAAGUAUAAAAGAUUUUGGUUUUAACUUGCCGUUAAAUUCAAAUCUUUAUGCAAUGAACAACAUCGAGGAUUUACGAGAGACUGACUAUGAUUACACCCAACUCUUACAGACAAUUCAAGAUGAACAUCGCUUAAAUCCAGAACAAAAAAUUGUUUACGACCAAAUAUUGUCAUCAGUUAAUAGUAAUGAAGGGAAAAUGUUCUUUCUAGAUGCACCCGGGGGCACGGGUAAAACAUUUAUAAUUAAUUUAUUAUUAGCAAAAGUAAGGUCUGACAGAAAAAUUGCUCUUGCCGUGGCGUCGUCCGGUAUUGCAGCCACACUUUUGAAAGGCGGGCGAACUGCACAUUCCACUUUCAAACUACCUUUAAAAAUUUGCAGUGACGACGUCUCUAGCGUUUGUAACAUCUCAAAACAGAGUAAAACAGGUAAUGGUGCAUUUCAAUCCGGAAAUGUUAAAAUCAAUCUUAGUAACCUAUGUGCUUUGGUUCAAAAUGUGGAAGAAUUGGUUGAGACCGUAUAUCCCGAUAUUACUAAUAUAACUACAAAGACUUUAUGUUGGUUUAAGGAAAGGGCUAUAUUGGCACCUACUAAUGAACAGGUUGAUAAAAUUAAUCAUUUAGUUAUUUCCAAGUUUGAAGCACCAUCACAGAUAUACUAUUCAGUUGAUACAGUUUUGGAUACCGCAGAGGCAGUACAUUAUCCAACUGAAUUUUUGAAUUCUUUAGUUCCUCCCGGAAUUCCUCCACACAAGUUAAUAUUAAAAGUGGGUUCACCAGUGAUAUUACUUAGAAAUUUAAAUCCCCCAAAAUUGUGUAAUGGCACGAGACUCAAAAUAGUUAAAUUAAAAAACUUUCUAAUCGAAUGCACUAUUUUAACUGGCUGUGGUACUGGUGAUACUGUUUUAAUUCCCAGAAUACCGAUGAUUCCCUCCGAAUUACCCUUCCAAUUCAAAAGACUGCAAUUUCCAAUCAAAUUAGCCUUUGGUAUUACUAUUAAUAAGGCACAAGGCCAAACUUUAAAAGUUGCAGGAAUAGAUUUAACUGAUCAAUGUUUUUCUCACGGCCAGUUAUAUGUUGCCCUUUCAAGGGUGACAUGUAAAAAUAAUCUGUUUGUGUUUACUAACAAUCCGUCAGAAGUAAUGAACGUUGUGUAUAAGGAAAUAUUUCAAUAG